AUGGAGCAUGUCUUAUCGAUUCCAGAGCUUAUCGAUAGAAUCUUUGCCUACACGUCGCGCAAGACAAACACGGUGACAGCGCUGGUCUGUAGAGGCUGGUUAGAACUUUCACGCGACCACAUCUGGUCCAAUGUACGGAGGCCAAAAGAGCUGUUAUCUUUUCUCGCUCCACUAAAUGGAUUGGAGGGUGAUGAUCUGGAUUUCAUCCGCAUCCCUCUGGAGGAGGACUGGCAACGCUUCGAACCAUUUGCAACAAGAGUGCGCAGGAUUACCUUUACAGAACUCAAUUUCAGCAUCUCCAUGGGUUCCACUCUUCUACGCUCAGCCUCUAGACCGAACCCCAUCUUUCCCAAUUUGCGCCAUGUUUUCUGGCACAUCUUCUCUCCCUCAGAUUCCAGGAACGGCGUUCAUGCACUAUUCUUACACCCCGGCGUUCCAAAAAUGACACUCUACGGUCUCUCCCGCUACGGGAUGAACUGGGAGCGCUAUCCAUUGCGUUCUCUAUUUUCCGACGUCGCCCAGCUGGCUCCCAAUAUCACACAACUCCACCUCCGCCCUCACUUUCCCCAAGUGGAUGACAUGAGUGAACCGAUCAAUGAAUUACUCUCAGCCCUCUUGUCGCUGAGAAGACUAGCCAUUGAGCCCUCGCUGCUCACAGCAUCUGUCUUACAGUUGUUAUCGACGCACUCGGAGCUUGAGGCGAUUGUGCCUGCCUUUGAUGAAUACCCAGGGAUUAGCGGUGAUCCUCAGAACGUCGCGAGCGUCGUCGGGCCACUCGACCUCCAGCCAGGUGCAUUCCCAGCCCUCAAGAUCCUACACCUAAGCAUGACCUCCCAAGCCGCCAUACGAUUCAUCGCCGACCCAAAUGCGCCCUCCGCCCGCUUGGAAGAUCUGCGUAUACGAUUAUUGGAUCCGAUCAACAAUGUUCGCGUCAGGGAACUUCUCAUGAGCACGGCAGAGUUUUGCUCGAAUUUACGCGUUCUGACCGUGUUCCUCUAUCCGCCCGUGUUCGCCAGUAGAUGGGAUGCAGAGCAAGUCAUGGAGUCUCUAACCUUCCACGCCAUCGAACCUCUCUGUCGGCUGAAGACGGUCGAGCAGCUCGCUAUCUACCACGUGAUCCCAACUUCCAUGACCGAGCCCGAGUUAUUCCACUUCGUGGACUCACUCCCUCGCUUGUCUUCUCUGCAUCUCGUCCCUCGCCCAGACUGGGGAGCAGGCGAUCCUCGCCAGCCAGGUCCUUCGAACUUCGACUGGCACACAUUGGAAGUUUUGCUUCGAAGAUUCCCGCGCCUCACUCACCUCGGAGUGUAUCUCGACCUCUCGCUCCCACCUACCGGCAUCUCCGAUGCCAUUGCGGCGUCGCUCAACACUACGACCGCAGACUUACCAUCGUGUACAAUACGUGUCUUGACUAUGGGAACCACGCCCAUCCCGCCGUCAAUGGACCCGUCCAUGAUCGCCUCAAAGCUCGCGGCCCUCCUUGGAAAUCAGGCCGAACUGUGGUGGGGAAUCAACGCUGAAAGCGAGUGGGGUGUCCCACUGCCUCUAUACGGAGGGCCUUCCUUCCAGUCGGAGCUCCAGGGUUGGGAAGAGAUCCAAAAGCUAUUGUACUCUGGGUUUGGUGUGCAGCGCGAAGGGGUUUAUCAUGUCGGAAUGAAGGAUAGUUGA